AUGGCUUCUAUCCGCGUGCUGUCGUUCGAUGCUGAGGGCCGCCCUGUGCGGUUCACCGCUUGGCUAGAUGACCUGCAGCUGUUCCUCCUGAGCGAUAGCAAGGAGCAUGUGUCGCUCUAUGACUACGCGUCUGGUGCUGCGCCUGCCCCUCCUGCCACAGCUGAGCUUAGUGUUCGUUCCCACUGGCAGACUCGUGACGCAGCUGCUCGCCUAGCCAUUCGCAGUCACCUGCCGUUAGCUGAGCUAGAGCAUUUUGGCGACUGCAAAUCCGCUAAGGCCCUGUACGACGCUGUCGUCGCUCGCUACUCCUCGCCUGCCACAGCCGAGCUUAGCCGCCUCAUGCUGCCGUACCUGUUCCCCGAUCUGUCCACCUUUACUACAGUCGCCGAUCUUAUCACCCACCUUCGCACUAGUGAUGCUCGCCUGCGUGCCGCCCUUCCCACCGAGUUCUGCGCUAAGAACCCCCCUCCACUGUACUGGACACUCCACUUUAUAGUCACUCGUCUCCCUGACACCCUCCGCUCAGUUCGAGACCACUUCCUUGCUCGCUGUCCCACUGAGCUCACAGUCGCCCUCCUAGAGGAGCACCUGCUCGCGGCCGAAAAGAGCAUUGUAGCUGUCGGUGCUGCUCGUGGCGCUCCUCGCACCCCCAUCUUUGAGGGGUGUUCUCCCUCUCCCCUCGCUCCCUCCUACGCUGCUGCUGCUGCUGUUGACUUCCUUGGUGCUGAGUCUGUUGGCGCUGCUUCUGCUCCUGGUGGGAGGCGCCGCACCGGCAAGGGCAAGGGGGGCAAGGGUGGUGGUGGUGGCGCUGGGGGGGGAGGAGGUGGGGGAGGUGGGGGGGGAGGCGGUGCUGGAGGGAGCGGUGGCGGGAGCGCUGGUGGGAGUGGGGUCGGUGGUGGAGACGGGGGCGGCGGAGGAAGCAGUGGCAGUAGUGGCGGCGGCGGCGGUGGCGGCGGUGGCGGUGGUGGCGGUGGUGGCGGUGCCGGUCGGAGCGGUGGUAGUGGUGGCGGUGGAGGUCGGAGUGGAGGCACUGGCUCGGGCCAGAGCUCCCAGCAGCAGCAGCGUCCCCAGACGACCCAGCAGCUUCGUGAGUGGCUUGCUCAGCGUGGGACGUCGGGGGCCAGUGCCCGCUGUUCUUAUGUCAUUCGCACAGGUGACCGCAAGGGACAGACGUGUGGGAGGUUCCACACCCCGUACCGCUGCUUCUCCCGCCUUGACGACGCUUGGCGUGAGGAGAUGGGUGCGGAUGUUGAGCGCCCCCGCUGGGCUGAGCUCAUGAGGGCUGGUGUUGAUGUCUUUGCUCUUGACUAUGAUGCUAUUAUUGCUGCCAUGUAUGCAUUGACUGUUAGUGCCGAGGGAGACUGUUACUUGUGUGUGCCGCCUGACCCAGGUAUAGAGCCCGCUGCCCUGGGUACUAGUGAGUCUGCUCUCUCUGGUAUGGUACCCCCUGUACUUGCUCCCCCCAGUGCUGUCCCGGCUGGUUUCGAGUCUGCUCUCUCAGGUACAGCACCCACACAGACUCCUCUCUCAGGUACCGCACCGGCUGAGGCCUGUCACACCUUCACCCUUGACUCAGGUGCUUCCCGUUGCUUCUUUCGUGACAGUACUGAGCUCACACCGCUUCCUGCACCGGUCCCAAUCUCCUUGGCUGACCCCUCUGGGGGCCCAGUCCUUGCCCAGUCCACCACUGUCCUCCCUUGUCCGGCGGUUCCGUCUGGCUCGUUGUCGGGUUUCCACCUCCCCUCGUUCUCGACGAACCUGGUGAGCAACGCUGUCCUCCAGGAUCAGUGGGUUGACACCUUUACCCCUGGCGGACAGCGUGUGGCGAUCUGCACGUGCUCCAGGACUGGCCGUCACCUGGCUACGUUCACCCGUCGGCCGGGGUCGAGUCUCUACACACUGACCACUGCGUCUCCCCAGGUAGCUGCUGUCGGUCAGGUGUCUGCGUCAGGUCUGGUGGCCCACGCCUGUGAGUGUCGUUCCCUGUCGCACCAGACUCUUCUCUGGCACCACCGCCUGGGUCACCCCUCCUUGCCACGCCUUCGUGGCAUGCACCGUCGCCUCCUUGUGUCCGGUCUUCCCAGGUCCCUCCCUCCCCUCCCUGCCUCGCCUGCGCCGCCUUGCCUUCCUUGCGUCGAGGGGCGGCAGCGCGCCGCUCCUCACUCCUCCUCGUUCCCCCCGACAGAGGCUCCUCUGGAGACCCUCCACCUGGACGUGUGGGGCCCAGCCCGCGUUCGUGGUCAGGGCGGUGAGCGGUACUUUCUGCUGGUUGUUGACGACUACUCGCGUUACACCACGGUCUUCCCCUUGCGCACCAAGGGUGAGGUCCCUGCUGUUCUGAUCCCUUGGAUCCGCACGGUUCGUCUCCAGCUCCGCCGCCGUUUCCGGACGGAUCUUCCUGUCCUGCGUCUGCACUCUGACAGAGGUGGUGAGUUUUCCUCCGAUCUUCUGAGGACCUUCUGUCAGGCAGAGGGCAUCGAGCAGACCUUCACGCUUCCGGACUCCCCACAGCAGAAUGGGGUUGCUGAGCGCCGCAUUGGCCUGGUCAUGGAGAUCGCUCGUACCUCCUUGGUCCACGCGGCGGCUCCCCAUUUUCUGUGGCCGUUUGCUGUCCGGUACGCCGCGCAUCAGCUCAACCUCUGGCCCCGUGUCUCCUUGCCGGAGACCUCGCCCACACUGCGUUGGACGGGGAAGGUUGGCGAUGCGUCGCGCUUCCGGGUGUGGGGUGCUCGUGCCCUUGUCCGCGAUACGUCCGCGGACAAGCUCUCCUCCCGCACGCUUCCCUGUGUCUUCCUUGGCUUUGUCCCUGACGCGCCUGGCUGGCAGUUUUACCACCCCACCUCGCGCCGGGUCUUCGCCUCUCAGGAUGUCACCUUUGACGAGUCGGUCCCUUUUUACCGUCUCUUCCCCUACCGCACUGCCCCCCUCCCUCCCCCGCCGCUUUUCCUUGCUCCUGGUCCCCCUCCGGUAGACCCCCUUCCCCCUCAGGGUCCUGCUCCUUCAGGUGUCUCUCAGGUAGACCCUCCUCCCGUCGCUGAGCCUGUCGAGGUCACAGGUGACUCAGGUGCUGCUGCGGGUGGUGCUGCUGGGAGUGCUGAGCCUGGGGGUGCUGAGCCUGGGGGUGCUGGGCCUGGGGGUGCUGGGGCUGCAGGUGCUGGGACUGAGGGUGCUGGAGCUGAGGGUACUGUGCCUGAGAGUACGGAGCCUGGGGGUGCUGCGCCUGGGGGUGCUGAGCCUGCGGGUGCGGGGCCUGGGAGUGCUGGGACUGCGGGUGCUGGAGCUGAGGGUACUGUGCCUGAGAGUUUGCCGCCUGGGGGUGCUGAGCCUGGGGGUGCUGCGACUGGGGGUGCUGAGCCUGCGGGUACUGAGCCUGCGGGUACUGAGCCUGGGGGUGCUGCUACUGAGCCUACGGAGCCUCGGGUUACUGCGUCUGGGGGUGCUCCGGUUCGGGGUGCUGAGCAGUCUCUCACACCGCAGCAGCUUCGUGACUGGUACGUCCGACGCUUUCGCCGUCCUAGUGGCUCGGCUGGAGUUGGGGGUACUGGAGCUGAUCGUUCUGGGAGCACUGCGACUGGAGCUGCUGGAGCUGGGGACUCUGGCGCUGGCGGUGCUAGCGGAGUUGGAGCUGCCGACUCUGGGGGUGGCGCUGCUGCUGGUGCUGCGGACCCACCUGGUGGAGCUGCUGCUGGAGCUGGGGACCCGGCCGGUGGAGCUGCUGCUGGUGCUGUGGACCCGGACGCUGGAGCUCCUACUGGUGCUGAGGACCCGGCCGCUGGAGUCCCUUCUGCUUCUGGAGACGCUGCGCGGCCGCGACCAGCGUCGUGA